AUGGUUGUCAUAAUACUGCUCGUCACCCUCGUGUCGCUCACGCCGGUCUUCGCGCAGGUCAAUACAAGUUAUGUCGAUUACAGUAUCGUCGCCCAUCCGGACCUGUCUCCCUUGAGCACCGAUCUGGUCGACUUCUCGUUCCCAGACUGCUCCAAUGGCCCCCUGCGCGAGAGUCUGGUCUGUGACCGCACUGCCAACGCCCAUGAUCGAGCGGCUGCCCUGACAUCCAUGAUGACUCUUGAAGAGCUCAUCAGUAGCACGGGAAACCGCAUCCCUGCCACCCCUCGCCUGGGACUUCCCCCUUAUCAGAUUUGGAAUGAAGCACUGCACGGCCUGUAUCUCGCCAACUUCACCGAUUUGGGGCCAUACAGCUGGUCCACCUCCUUCCCAUCCCCCAUCCUGACCAUGGCGGCCCUCAAUCGCACUCUAAUCCACCAGAUUGCCCAGAUCAUCGCGACCCAAGGGCGCGCCUUCAAUAAUGCAGGCCGGUACGGGUUAAACGCGUACUCGCCCAAUAUCAACGCCUUCCGACACCCGGUCUGGGGCCGUGGCCAAGAGACCCCCGGGGAGGACGCGAAUUGCCUGUGCUCGGCGUACGCCUACGAGUACAUCACCGGGCUCCAGGGCAACGCGACGCAUCCUAAGAUUAUCGCCACCGCCAAGCACUACGCCGGCUACGACCUUGAGAACUGGCACCAGCGGUCGCGCUUCGGCAACGAUCUGAACAUCACCCAACAGGAUCUCGCCGAGUACUUCACCCCGCAGUUUGUGGUCGCGGUCAGGGACGCGCAAGUCCGCAGCGUGAUGCCGUCCUACAAUGCCGUCAACGGGGUGCCCAGCUCCGCCAACACCUUCCUUCUCCAGACCCUCGUCCGCGACUCGUGGGGCUUCAUCGAAGAUGGGUUCAUGUCGUCCGAUUGUGACGCGGUGUACAAUGUCUUUAAUCCGCACAGGUACGCGGCCAAUCUGUCGAGCGCCUCGGCCAUGUCCUUGCGCGCCGGCACGGAUAUCGAUUGCGGGAUCUCGUACCUAACCACUCUCAAUGAAUCCCUGAUAGAGGGUCAAUUGUCCCGGGGCGAGCUGGAGCGGGCGGUAACCCGGUUCUACUCGAAUCUUGUCAGCGCGGGCUACUUUGACGGACCGGACGCGCCGUAUCGCGAUCUGAGCUGGGCGGAUGUUGUCCGGACCGACGGCUGGAAUGUGGCGUACGAGGCGGCGGUGGCCGGGGUCGUUCUCCUCAAGAACGAUGGCGUUCUGCCGCUCUCCAAGAGCGUGCAGCGGGUGGCCCUAAUAGGACCGUGGGCGAAUGCCACGGAGCAAAUGCAGGGUAACUACCACGGCGUCGCACCCUACCUCACCAGCCCCCUCGCUGCGAUGCAGGCUUCCGGGCUGGAGGUCAACUAUGCCUUCGGGACCAACAUCACGUCCAACGAUACUACUGGCUUUGCCGCCGCGCUCGCCGCUGCAGAGAGGUCCGAUAUCAUCAUCUUCGCCGGCGGGAUCGACAACACCCUGGAAGCCGAGGAGCUGGACCGCGAGAGCAUCGCCUGGCCUGGAAAUCAGCUCGAGUUGAUUCACCGGCUCGGGGAUCUCGGCAAGCCGCUGGUGGUGCUGCAGAUGGGCGCCGGCCAAGUAGACUCGUCCUCACUGAAAGCCAGUGAGAAGGUCGGGGCCCUGCUUUGGGGCGGAUACCCCGGCCAGGCCGGCGGCCAGGCGCUGUGGGACGUCCUCACCGGCCAGCGAGCCCCGGCGGGUCGACUGACCACGACGCAGUACCCUGCAGAGUACGCUCUGCAGUUCCCGGCCACGGACACGAGCCUGCGGCCCCGCGGCGACAACCCUGGCCAAACCUACAUGUGGUACACGGGCGAGCCGGUCUACGCCUUCGGGCAUGGGUUGUUCUACACGACCUUUGAGACAGCCCUCGCCGGGCCCGCGCAAGAACAAGAAGGCUCCUUUGACAUUGGCGCCCUCCUCGCCCGGCCUCAUGUUGGGUACAACCUCGCUGAGCAGCUUCCCAUCUUGAACUUCACCGUCGAGGUCACCAACACCGGCGAGGUGGUCUCCGACUACACGGCCAUGGUCUUCGCCAACACCACUGCGGGUCCCCGGCCGUACCCGAACAAAUGGCUCGUUGGGUUCGACCGCAUCGGACCACUGGUACCGCAGGUGUCAAAGCGCUUGUCAGUCCCUGUGUCGCUGGAUAGUCUCGCCCGCACCGACGCGCAGGGCAACCGCGUCAUUUAUCCGGGAUCCUACGAGCUGGCGCUUAACAACGAGCGAUCGGCGGUACUGGCGUUGACAUUGACAGGCAAUGCCACUACGCUGGUUCAGUGGCCGUCCCAAUAG